GGCCGACGGCCAGCGCGGCAGCAGCAGCGGCAGAGACGGAGGCUCCGGCGCGUCUCUCUCCUCCCCUUGAGCCUGAGCCGGGGGAGGCCAGGCGGCCCGGGUGGCUGGAGAGGGGUCCGCUGCCCGAGAAUGGGAAUUCUCUUCACCAGGAUAUGGAGACUGUUCAAUCACCAGGAGCACAAAGUUAUCAUUGUUGGGCUGGAUAAUGCAGGAAAAACUACCAUCCUUUACCAAUUUUCUAUGAAUGAAGUUGUACAUACGUCCCCAACAAUAGGAAGUAAUGUAGAAGAGAUAGUGAUUAAUAAUACACGUUUUCUAAUGUGGGAUAUUGGUGGCCAAGAAUCUCUUCGUUCUUCCUGGAACACUUAUUAUACUAACACGGAGUUUGUAAUAGUUGUUGUGGACAGUACAGACAGAGAAAGGAUUUCUGUAACUAGAGAAGAACUCUAUAAAAUGUUAGCCCAUGAGGACCUAAGGAAAGCUGGAUUGCUGAUUUUUGCUAACAAACAAGAUGUUAAAGGAUGCAUGACUGUAGCAGAAAUCUCCCAGUUUUUGAAACUGACUUCUAUUAAAGAUCACCAGUGGCACAUCCAGGCAUGCUGUGCUCUUACUGGCGAGGGAUUAUGCCAAGGACUUGAAUGGAUGAUGUCACGACUUAAGAUUAGAUGAUCUCUGCUGACCUCUUCUCAUAGACUUUGUGUAAAUGAAGUGCUGGACUUUACCUGAAAGCUGCAAAAAUUAAUGGUUUAGAUAUAUUUAUAAUAAACUGAUUUAAGCAUUUAAACUUUUUCUAUAAGAAGAAAAAUUAAGACCACUUAUUUGAAAACACAGAUGAAGUUUCACCUUUCAAUCUGCUUUCUCAUUAGUUCCUUCCAAAGCAAGGUCUUAAAGCUGUGAUUGACAUUUUUCUCAUAAUGAAUCCUCUCAGGACAUUGUGUAGCCUGUGGUAAGUACAAAGGGAGAGGAAGACAUUUUUAACUUUCCGAGCUUUAUUAUCAGCAUAACCCUCCCUUGUUGAAUGUUGUUCUUUUCCUGUUCCAUUAAGUCAAAAUGCAAAUCAGCACAGAUACUCAGUUUCCAAUAUUUUAAAAUGUAAUUAUGAAAAGUAUUUUGCAUAAGGUUGUGUAUGUAUUGUGUAUAUACCUCAAGUUCGAGUUAAUGGCUUUGAUUUAUGUUCUUAAAGAAAAGCAAAUAACACAAAAACUAAUAUCCUUAGUUACAAACAUAAUGGGAUGAGUACUGGCACUGAUGGUGAGUGCCGUUUUAUACUUCCCCUGUGUUCUCUGUAUUAUACUAACCCACCCCAAAUCAUUGAGCCACUCUUUAAAACAAAAAAGAAAGGAAAAGCUUCACAUUGUGUCCCUAAUCUUUUAUUGAGCAAAUCACAUACAUGGAAAGCUGUAACCUAGCUGAGUGGAGUAUCUGUCAUAUUCUUGACUUAGUAUUACUGGUGGACGGA